AUGGACUCCUUCCUUCCCCUGAUUCUGGUCCUGCAGCUCGCGCUCUGGGACAAGACGGAGGCCAUCCACCCAGACUGCGCUCUGGUGGUGCAGCACAUGAAGGCCGAGGAAGAAUGCAACCAGGUUCUCCAACAGGAGGAAAACAACCGCUCCUCCAGGACAGGCUGCCCGACCGUUUGGGACAACAUUCGGUGUUGGCAUCGUGUGGAGGUGGGACAGGUGGUCAGCGUCUUGUGUACCAACGUCUCCCAGCUGUUUGCCAAUAACCAAGGUUACGUUCACAGGAACUGCACCGAGGAAGGAUGGUCCGAGCUCUACCCAGCCUACGGGGAGGCCUGCGAGUUUGCAGAAAGUGAAGACGAAGAACCACAGACGACAUAUUUCUCCAACUUUAAACAGGUGUACACCGCCGGCUACGCCACUUCACUCAUUUCUCUCAUAACAGCGAUUUUUGUCUUCACUGUCUUCAGGAAGUUUCACUGCACCAGGAACUACAUCCACAUCAACCUGUUCUUCUCCUUCAUCCUGAGAGCGAGCGCUGUCUUCAUCAAAGACGUGGUUCUCUUCUCCGAUGAGAACCUGGACCACUGCUUCAUGUCCACCACAGCCUGCAAAUCAGCCGUGGCCUUUUUCCAGUUCUGUAUCUUGGCCAACUACUUCUGGCUGCUGGUGGAAGGGAUGUACCUGCAGACGCUGCUGGCGCUCACCUUCGUCUUCCAGAAGAAGUACUUCUGGUGGUAUAUCCUCAUCGGCUGGGGUCUGCCAACAAUAAUCAUAACAGCUUGGAUUCUCUCUCGUAACUUCUACGAUAACAAGGGGUGCUGGGAUGACACAGAUGUGGCCUUCAUCUGGUGGAUCAUUAAAGCUCCGAUAACUGCAUCCCUGCUGGUAAACUUCAUCAUUUUCAUCAACGUGAUCCGUAUUCUGGUCCAGAAGCUGAGGUCUCCUGGAGUCGGUGGAAACGACACGAGCCACUUUAAGAGACUGGCCAAAUCCACGCUGCUGCUCAUUCCCCUGUUCGGGAUGCACUACAUGGUGUUCGCCUUCUUGCCAGAAAACACCGGAGCAGAGGUUCGGAUCUUCAUCGAGCUCGGUCUGGGCUCCUUCCAGGGAUUCGUUGUGGCCCUGCUGUACUGUUUCCUGAACGGAGAGGUGCAGGCCGAGCUGAAGAAGCGCUUCUGGAAGUGGCAGACCCAGAGUUACCUGAGCUACAGCAAGCGGCGGCGUACGCUCUUCAACGAAAGCAGCACCAUCACGCAGAUAUCCGUCCUGGACAAAUCCAGCCCCAAAGACAAGCCGAGCUCCGAGGGACAGGCCCUCACGUCCCACAGCGUGUCCACGGUUUGA